CAGGUGGGGGACCUUCAGCUGUGUAAGAUGGAUGAGCUCGACUGCCUCAUCAAGGGAGUUCUCUACAUCGAUUCGGUGGGGUUCAACGGACACUCGGAGUGCUACUAUUUUGAGAACCCCACGGAUCCCGAGAAAUGCCAGAAGGUCCCGUUCAACUUGGAGAAUCCCUACCCGCUCCUUCUGGUGAACAUCGGCUCCGGGGUCAGCAUCCUGGCCGUCUAUUCCGAAGACAAUUACAAGCGGGUGACAGGUACCAGCCUUGGAGGGGGCACGUUUUUCGGCCUCUGCUGCCUCCUGACCGGCUGCUCCACCUUCGAAGAGGCUCUCGAAAUGGCAUCCCACGGAGACAGCACCAAAGUGGACAAACUCGUGCGGGAUAUUUACGGAGGGGACUACGAGCGCUUUGGGCUGCCCGGUUGGACCAUCGCAUCCAGCUUUGGAAACAUGAUGAGCAAAGAGAAGCGAGAUGCCGCCAGUAAGGAGGACCUGGCCCGGGCAGCCUUGAUCACCAUCACCAACAACAUUGGCUCCAUCGCACGGAUGUGCGCGCUGAAUGAG